AUGCUUGCAGUGCGUCAUCCGACGCUCUUUGAGUUGGACAAGGUCAUAGAGUCUUGCAACAGCACAAAGCGACGCCAGCCCGUCUGCACCAUGUCCAAGUCCGAGCGCUUUCCGCGCAUUGGAAGGUCGACAGUGAACCUGCCGCCGGGCCAUUACCGAAUGGAAGUUGGUAUGGUGCUGACCAAGGACACCGAGGUAUUGGCCUCACGCCUGACUCGAGCCAAGUCCGCGCCGCGUUUCUCCUUUUGCAAGGAGAGGCGUGUUGACAACGAGGAUUGCCUCAAGGGCCUGUCUCCGAAGUACCUUAAGGACAUCAGUGAAUUGGGACCUGGUCAGUAUCGCCUGAUGAAGAUCGGAAUCGGCAGCAACUCAGUCGUGAAAGCCACAGCACCCUCAUAUUCCAUAUGA